CGUUUCCUUAAAGAUCUGUGUGUUACGGACCCUGAAGACGACAAAGCGUGCAUCGAGGAUAGCAAGGGGCCCGAAGGCCGCCUCCUCCGCGACUCGUACUCUUGGAUCCUCGAAAACGACGAUUUCAAGAAAUGGCGUGACGGAGAGAGUCGACUACUCUGGAUUAAUGGUGAUCCCGGAAAAGGAAAGACAAUGUCCAUCUGCGGCAUUAUUGACGAAAUGAGUCCUUCCACAAUGCUGAAGGAUCAGAAUUCCAACACAGUACUGUCCUAUUUCUUCUGCGACGCGAGCGACUCAAGCAAGAACACGGCGACAUUGGUAUUGCGCGGUAUACUUUACCUCAUUGCUAGGCAAAAGGAAUCCUUGAUCCCUCAGAUCAUUGGCAAAUAUCGGACUUCUGGACAAGAGCUUUUUGAGGGCAGGAAUGCUUGGCUGGCGGUGCGCAACAUGAUGAGAAAUGCCUUGACAGAGCUACGCUCUCAGAAAACCUACCUGAUUAUUGAUGCGAUUGACGAAUGCAGGCAUGAAUGGGAAAAGCUUCUGCGGUUCGUCAAGGAGACAUACUGUCCUCACGUUAAGUGGAUUGUCUCCAGCCGUAAUAAGCCAAACAUCGCCGAGGUUCUCGAAACUGCUCAACACAAGGUACGGCUUUGCUUGGAGCUGAACGAAAGCGCCGUCUCUACAGCUGUCAACUCGUAUAUCCAGUACCAGGUGGAUGGCUUGGCUAGAAAGAAAGGAUACAAUUGCAAACUGAAACACGCUGUCCAGCACCACUUGUCCUCAAAGGCCCAGAAUACGUUUCUCUGGGUGUCCUUGGCUUGCCAGAUGCUGGAAAAGACUUUCAAAUUCGAGACUCUGAGGAAACUGGAAGACUUCCCACCCGGGCUCAAUCCUCUUUAUGGGCGGAUGCUCGAACAGUUACGCAGCGACGAAGAGCACCGAGUGGACCUCUACCAAAAAGUCAUUUCUCUCAUGUUGACGGUUUUCCGGCCCAUAUCCCUCGACGAACUCGGGGCUUUGGCGGAUUUUGCCGAUGACGCGUGUGACGACCGCUCAUUGACCGAGAUCAUAGGACUGUGUGGCUCGUUCCUGACGCUUAAAAGACGAACUGUUUCUUUCGUGCACGAAUCGGCAAAGGAUUUCCUCAUGAAUUCAACCGAGGACUUUCGCAAUGAUGGAAAAGAGCAACACCAUCUCAUAUUCUUGAGGUCACUCCUGAUCAUGUCAAGGUCCCUUCGACGCGAUAUCUACGGCUUAGAAUCAGCGAAACCGCCGGAUAAGAACCCGCUGGCUCCGUUGCAUUAUCCAUGUGUCUGCUGGGUCCUUCACUUGAAAAACUGUGCCUCCGGCGCCCAAAGCCAGGAGAUUGCGGAUAAUGGUCCUCUUGAAAAGUUUCUACGCCAGCAUUAUCUUCAUUGGCUCGAGGCUCUCGGCUACAUGGAGGACAUCCUGGCAGGGUUGGUCGGAAUCACAAUGCUGGAGGAUAUCCUUCAGAGCCACACUUCCCAGCUUGCCAAAUUAGUCCAAGAUGAAGCCCAAUUCCUGCGAUACCAUAGAGGGGCAAUUAAGAGGCAUCCUCUUCAAGUUUACGCUUCAGCUCUUCUCUUCAGUCCAACCCGCAGCAUCACGAGGGAAAUCUAUCACGAGGAGAAGCCGAAAUGGAUUAUUACAAGCUCAGCCAUGGGGGAAAAUUGGAGCGCAUGCAUCCAGACGAUGGAGAGCGACAGUAGUGAUAUCUCGUGCAUUGCAUUUUCGCAUGACGGCCAACUCCUGGUAGGAGCAUGCAGGGAUAAAACAGCAAAGAUUUGGCAUAUGAUCGGAGGGGAAUGCAUCCGCACCCUCAGCGGCCAUACCGGCCGUCUUACCUCCAUCGACUUCUCAGGAAGUGAUUUCCAGAUUGCCUCGGCUUCAGAGGAUCACACCGUCAAGAUCUGGGACGCGGAACGGGGAACAUGUAAAUGGACACUCCAAGGUCAUACAGAUGUCGUCGACUCGGUUGCCUUCUCUCAAGAUGGUAGCUUGGUUGCAUCCGGAUCUGCCGACAAGACGAUCAAGCUCUGGGACCCCAAAACGGGAACUUGCAAACACACGCUUCACAAGCAUACUGAAGGCGUCAGGUUGGUUGUCUUCUCCAGAGACGGGCAAUACCUUGCAUCUGCAUCAAACGACUUCUCUCACGUCUGGGACCUGAAGAGCGAAACCUACCGCCUAAUAUUUUCCCGCAGUCACGAUCAUUUCAAUCCUCUCACAUUCUCACCCGAUGGCAAAUUAGUCAUGAUUGGAUCCCGGAGAGUCGAACUCCUGGAUCCAGCCACAGGCAAAUUGAUUAAUGAGAUUGAUAUCAAGGGUGUGACACCCGUCAGUUCGAUUGCAUUCUCACGCGAUAAUAACCUGCUUGCGUCGAGUUCUUGGGCUGGCUUUAUCAUCGUCUUGGACACAAAGACUAAAAAUUGUGUGCAGAGAUUUGAGGAAGGCGCCGUAUCAGUUGCCUUUUCACCAACCGGCCACUUGCUUGCAUCAGCCCAAGGCCCAAGGAUUAAAAUCUGGGACCUCGCCAUCAGUACCUCGGUUCAAGCAAAAAAGGUGCAACGAUAUUUCGACUUUCGUCUUUCUCACCACAUCUCAUGCUCUCCCAAUGGUUCUUGGGUUGCGGCGUUACUUGGCGAUAUGACGGUGAGACUGUGGGAUUCCGCGACCGGGAAAUGUCGACACACAUUCGACUUUGUCGCGUCUAGAUCCGCAGUCUUCUCACCAGACAGUCGCUUGCUGGCUAUAUUCUUCUGGCAAGUCAUCGAGGUCAGGGACGCAGCCACAGGCACGAAACUUCACUCGCUCAAAGACGAAUAUAUUUCAAUUAAAAUGGUCGCAUUCUCUUUUGACAAUCGAUGGCUCAUAUCGUUAUCUAUGGAAGGCAUGAUGAACGUCUGGGACCUAAAAAGCGGCGAACGCAUUCGGAAAUUCGAAGCCUUGGGUCGUAACAAUCGAUCGCUUGUAUUCUCUCCCGAUGGCCGUUACCUGGCAGUUGGCUCCGAUAAAAGCAUUGAAUUGUGGGAUCCGACCAAGUGGCAACACAAACGGACAUUCAAAGGGGCGGUAGGCGCGCACGCCAUGGUCUUCUCCAAUGAUAGUUGCUGGCUUGCAUCAUCAGCUUCCUACGGUUUUCAUGUUCAUACAGAGAUCAAGAUCUGGGAGGUGGAGGAGGGAAAAUGCACGAACACCUUCCAGUCUGCCAGAAGUUUUGUUGUA